UUGAAGUCAACGAAGUCAAAGAGGCGUAUGAAAUGAUUUCUGUAGCAGGGGUGGGAAGCAGUCGCAUCCGUCCAUGGAUGGGUGUUGUAGUUACUACACUUGCGAUGCUACAGGUGCUUAGGAGAAGUACAGUGACAAAGAAAGUCAAGUCCAUGCAGAUGUUCCAUACUCCUGUGACUUAUGCUAUGCAAGGUGACAGAGUAGGUAUCUGCGUGACCCAGUUUGAUCCCAAACUGCUAGAACGGGGCCUGAUUUGCACCCCAGAGUCACUUCACACCAUCCACGCUGCAAUAAUUUCCCUGAAGAAAAUCCAGUAUUUUCGAGGGGCUCUUCAGACCAAGGCCAAGUUCCAUAUCACAGUUGGUCAUGAAACAGUUAUGGGAAGAGUGAUGUUUUUCAGCCCAGCCCCUGCUGACUUCAAUGAAGAAAUCAAAGAAAAUGUGUUUGAUUUUGAAAAGGAUUAUCUUUAUCAAGAGGAAUAUUUGUCCAAGGACUCAAAUUCUUCAGAGGAGAACAAAGAAAAUGACCAGGCAGGGUGCGUCCAGCUCCCAAGACAACAGUGGGCUUUGCUGGAGUUUGAGAAACCAGUCACUUGUCCUAAGCUGUGCCUCGUGAUUGGCUCCAAGCUGGACACAGACAUCCACGCCAACACCUGCAGGUUGGCCUUCCAUGGCGUUCUGCUCCAAGGCAUGGAAGACAAGAACUACACCGAGACUUUCCUUCCAAAGCUGAAGGUGUACAAGCUGAAGCACAAAGAGGGACAAGUGGAAAGGGUGAUGGAUGAUUACAGUGUGAUUGGUCGCUCACUGUUCAAAAAGGAAACAAACAUCCAGAUUUUCGUGGGUCUAAAAGUCAAGCUGUCUACAGGAGAAGAUGGAAUAAUAGACGGUGGUUUUGGACAAAGUGGCAAAUUUAAAAUCCGAAUUCCAG